AUGGGUGACCAGGCCCCGCCCACACUGGUACAGCUGGCGGCUCAGAAACUGCUGGAGAACCAGGCCUUGGCCAUCUCUGCUCUGGAGGACCUGCCCUGCCACGUCUUCCCUCUGUUGUUCUUUGAGGCCUUCAAAAAGAAACACUCCAAGCUCCUGAAGGCCAUGGUGCAGGCCUGGCCCUUCCCCUGCCUCCCCCCGGGGGGGCGCUGGGUGAAGAUUUGGAGUUUGAUACCCUGGAAAUCGCCCUGGAUGGGCUCCACAUGCUGCUUGUUCAGAAGGAUUGGCCAAGGAAUUGCAGCCACCUUGGAGAUCCUCCAGUUGCAGGACUGCGGGAUGACCAAGGUCCACUUCACUGCCAUGCUGCCUGGCCUAAGCCGCUGCUCCAGGCUCACCACGGUGUGUUUCUGUGACAGCCGCAUCUCCAUGGCCGUCCUGAGGAACCUCAUCAGCCACACGGCCAGUAUGAGUGAGCUGUGCCACGAGAUCCCCAGCACACUGAGCACCAUGUCCCUGCCCACACUGCGGCAGCUGGCCAUGCAGAGCCUGCUAGAGGACCAGGCCUUGGCCAUCUCUGCUCUGGACGUCCUUCCCUUGGAUCUCUUCUCCACGCUGUUCAGAGAGGUGGUUGCCAAGAGACGUAUGGAGGUGCUGAAGGCCAUGGUGCAGGCCUGGCCCUUUGCCUGCCUCCCCCUGGGGGCCCUGGUGGGCUCAGCUGACCUGGAGAUCUUACAAGUCACCCUGGAGGGCCUUGAUGUGCUGCUGGAGCAGGGAGCGGGGCCCAGAUGCAAAGUGCAAAUGAUAGAUCUACGGAAUAUGUCCCUGAACCUCUGGACCUGGGGGUACAUAGCAAUGUCUCAAGCCUGCUCAGCAGCGGCCCUGACUGACAAGCCAGCAGCCAAUCACUGUGCAGACCUGAGGGAGGAGCCGCCCUUCAGGAUAUUCAUGGAUGUCACCAUCAGUGAUGGCCCCUGGGAUUGUGUGCUGGCCAACUUGCUCCAGUGGGUGGAGACGAGAAGAGAGCAGGUUCAGCUGUGCUCUAAGAAGCUGCAGAUUGGGAUGAAAUAUUCUGCUUCCAGAUUCAAAAUUUCCUUCUUCAUCCAACUGCUGCAGCAGAGAAAUCUCCAGCAAAUUUAUAUGUAUCAAGUCUACUUCCUUUAUGGAAACCUGCACAAGGUCUUCAGGACUGUGAAUUUGGGUGACUUGGGUCCUGGGCCCCUCCGAGCUCUGCUGGAGAGAGUGUCUGGCACCCUGGAGGCCCUGGCCUUGGAGCACUGUGGGAUCACUGAGGCCCAGCUCUCUGCCAUCCUGCCCACCCUGAGCCAGUGCUGCCAGCUGAGCUUCUUCAGCAUCUAUGGGAACCGCAUGUCCUUGGCUGCCCUGCAGAACCUGCUGAGCCACACAGCCAGGCUGAGGCAGUUACAGCGAGGGCUGUAUCCGGCCCCUGUGCAGAGCUAUGACCACGAGUGUUUGUUGUGUGGAUGUGAAGUCAACAAGGUGAGAUUUGCCCAGGUCUGCAUGAGCCCCAGCACACUGAGCACCAUGUCCCUGCACACACUGUGGCAGCUGGCCAUGCAGAGCCUGCUGGAGGACCAGGCCUUGGCCAUCUCUGCGCUGGACGUCCUUCCCUUGGAUCUCUUCUCCACGCUGUUCAGAGAGGUGGUUGCCAAGAGACGCAUGGAGGUGCUGAAGGCCAUGGUGCAGGCCUGGCCCUUUGCCUGCCUCCCCCUGGGGGCCCUGGUGGGCUCAGCUGACCUGGAGAUCUUACAAGUCACCCUGGAGGGCCUUGAUGUGCUGCUGGAGCAGGGAGCGGGGCCCAGAUGCAAACUGCAAGUGUUAGAUCUGCAGAAUAGGUCCCUGAACAUCUGGACCUCAGGGUACAUAGCAAUGUCUAAAGCCUGCUCAGCAGCAGCCCUGACUGACAAGCCAGCAGCCAAUCAUUGUGCAGACCUGAGGGAGAAGCCCCCCUUCAGGAUAUUCGUGGAUGUCACCAUCAGUGAUGGCCCCUGGGAUUGUGUGUUGGCCCACGUGCUCCAGUGGGUGGAGACAAGAAGAGACCAGGUUCAGCUGUGCUCUAAGAAGCUGAAGGUUCUGUUUGCCUCCAUCUCUGGCUGCACCUCUAAAAUACAAAGCACUCUGCGUGUGCUUCACCUGGGCUCCAUCCAGGAGCUGGUUGUGGAUGAUUUGUGGCAUCACAAAACAGCGGAAAGUAUGGUUCCUUAUCUGGGCAAGAUGAAGAACCUUCGCAAACUUUCUCUUGCUAAGAUGAAAAUGGAAUGUUGUUCUUGCUUCAUGGAGAAUUUUCACAAAUACUUGUCUGAGAUGCUGCUGCAGGGAAAUCACCUAAUUUGUGACCUUGAAAGCUUCUUCCCUAAUGAGAAGCUGGAGAAGGUCUUCAGUCAGCUCAAGCACCUGCGUCUCAGGUCUGUGCACAUGGGUGACUUGUGUCCUGGGCCCCUCCAAGCUCUGCUGGAGAGAGUGUCUGGCACCCUGGAGGCCCUGGCCAUAGAGCACUGUGGGAUCACUGAUGACCAGCUCUCUGCCAUCCUGCCCGCCCUGAGCCAGUGCUCCCAGCUAAGAUGGUUCAGCAUCUAUGGGAACCCCAUAACCUUGGCUGCCCUGCAGAACCUGCUGAGCCACACAGCCAGGCUGAGGCAGUUACAGCGAGGGCUGUAUCCGGCCCCUGUGGAGAGCUAUGAUGACCGAUGGGCUGUGAGGCCUUCCACACCUUGCUGCAGCCCUGAGUGCCAGCUCAGCACACUACACAUGGUGAAGCUGACGUCCACCUCUGAAUCACUGGAGUGA